CUCCUUAGUUAAGCAAGAUGGCGACCGUUGUAGAAAGAGUUGAUGGAUGUGUUGGGUCGUUGGACUCAGACACGGUGUCGCUAAGACAGUCCACCCCUCCACCGGACCAGCCGCACCAGAACAACCCUCUGUUAGGACUACCCAUUGUGGCUAUUGAGACGAUUCUCAAUUUUCUGUCUUAUGAUGAAAUCAGCCUUCUGCGGUCGGUGUGCAAGCGCAUGGAUAUGAUCUGCCAGCGAGUCCUGAAUCAGGGCUUCCUGAAGGUGGAGCGUUAUCACAGCCUGUGCCAGAGGCAAGUCAAAGCCCAGCUGCCGAGGCGAGAGUCGGAGCGGAGAAACCACUCACUAGCCCGUCACGCUGACAUCCUGGCUGCUGUGGAGACGCGCCUUUCACUGCUCAACAUGACCUUCAUGAAAUAUGUCGACUCCAACCUCUGCUGCUUCAUCCCUGGAAAGGUGAUAGAUGAGAUUUACCGUGUGCUGCGCUAUGUGAACUCCACCCGAGCCCCCCAGCGAGCUCAUGAGGUUCUGCAGGAGUUGAGGGAUAUCUCAUCUAUGGCCAUGGAGUACUUUGAUGAGAAGAUUGUCCCCAUUCUAAAGAAGAAGCUGCCGGGGGCUGACCUGUCCGGCCGCCUUAUUGGCUCUGCACCAGUUGCAGGUCCAUCUACCUCCUUGACCACCAUGUCCCUGUUGGCUAAGAAUACCCCUUCACGCUCUGAGAUGACCAAGGUGCAGCAGCAGGUGAAGGUGAACGGGGCGUCGAUGACAGUACUGCGCAGAGAGAUGCAGGAAAUUCGUGUCAAGCAACUGGAGCAACAGAAGCAGCUGCAAGACCAGGAACAGAAGUUGCUGGAACAAACCCAGGUGAUCGGUGAGCAAAAUGCCCGCCUUGCCGAGCUAGAACACAAGCUCCGUGAAUUGAUGGACAGUAGUGCUGCAGCUAUGGGAGGACCCAGACCCACCGCAGCUGUCCCCUCCACAUCCAGCGCUUCUGCUGUGUCUUCCACUGUUUCCAACACAUCUGCUACUGUGUUGGCAAGUGGCAACUUGGCUGCACCCACAGAGCCAGAGGGUGUGGGAGGCUCAUCGCUCAAACGCACCAGAAAGAGCGCAGACCUUCCACGACAAUCCAAACGGCUGCGCAGCAAGAAAUGAAAGACUCUGUCAUUUAGUUUGUUUUCUUUUUAAUUUUAGGGUCCGACUGAUCACACCUUAUAUCCAAUGCCCUAUGCCAACCUCCACCCCACCAUCAUGCAUCACAUCUACUGUCACACACACCGUGAUGCAAACACCUGUUGUGGCGUUGGAUAAAACAGUAGUGUUAAAUGACUCGCAGCUGCUUGCCGCUAAAACACUGAGCACAGAAUGUCAUCCAGGACUUUGCAUAACAUUAACGGGGUCAACAUUUGAUCAUUUCUUAUCGCUAAAGGACUGUUAAAGCCGGGUGUUAUUCUGUUUUGUUUUUUGUUUUUUUUUGUCAACAAAUUCCAAGAAAGUGCUCAAACUAUCAAUGCCUAACAACUGAAAUGAUAAACCUUUGCUACAUCUCAGAAAUAUAUUGUUUCAUUUUUAAAGCAGCUGAAAAUUGCAAUUUCUAACAAGAUGUUUUUUCCACUUAUUGGGGACUGUUCUCAGAGGAUUAAUCCAUAUUUGCUCUAUAUGUUCUAAUGAGUAUUUCAGGCAUCAGAACACUGCAUGUGAGAAUGAGUUAAACUCAGUUUGUGGUAAUGCAAGAACAUGUCACCCAGUGCAACAGUGUGACUUUUUUUAACACCUUUUGCACAAUAAUGGAGCUCUGUUUCACAAAGGAAUGGGAUAUAUUAGACUUUAGCCAAAUAAUGUAUUUGUGUUAUUGUGGAAUAGGUUCACUGUUGGUUUGGCUGUGCACAUGGAAUUUGAUGACAAGAACUUAAUCUUUGCAAAGAAUCUUAGUCACUUAACUAAAUCAGAAUCUAGGGAGGUGGUUGGCCAUUUGCAAGAAGAGUAUUUAUUAAAAGUUACAUUAAAAUGACUACAGCUUUUUAGUGAGAAUGCCGAAAGGCUUGUGUGUGCAAAAAAUGGAAAUUCAGAUAGUCAGGGACUUUAGUUAAUAGAAGUCACAUAAUACAUGCGACUAAUGCAGUUACCAUUUCUCAAAUAAAAUCUGCAAAAGACAUUUUUUUUAGAAGCAUCUUAAAAGAAAUUGAUGGAUAUCACAGUAAACAUACAGAGUAUGGCAAUCCUUGAAUUACAAGUUAAAAUCCUGAUUGUUGGGUGUUGUUGGUCAUCAGAGAAAGAGUUUUCACUUGGUUCUAAAUCCACAAGCAUUAAUUUCAUUCACACUAGCUUCUUCUAAGUUUGCCUAAGUACAAUAUAAAUCAUCUAGUUGGUAAUUGUUUUUAUUGUAUCCAAAAUGGUUGCUUAGUUGAGUUCAAUAUGGUUAGUUGUUGAAUCAUUAUAAACAGGAAGCACAGGAUCUAAAUUAAGGAAUAGGGCGGUGUUUGGAUAGCAUUAGUCCAUGUGUCACCUUUUGGCUCUUGCGUUUUCUGCGUGGCAGUGGGUGAAACAUGGAUUUAGAUGUUUGUCAACGGUUUUUCUUUUCCACUGUGCCUCAGUAACUACUGACAUAUAUCAUAGUCUCUGAUCAUUCAGAUUGCAGCAGUGACAACAGAACCCACUGGCCGUGCUGUGAGAAACUAGUCACGUCUUUAACAGUUCUCCAGCAAGAACAGAUCAUUUGUGGGUCUGGUGUGCCUGAAACCACCUGAUAUGCAUGCUUUGCUUUUAUGGAGACGCUACAGUAUGUGCUGUGCUAAGGAGGACAAAGAACGUUUACAAUUACCCUUGAUAGCAAAACCUUGUUAGGCAUCUGUUCUUUGAAGAAAAUGCUAGUCUUUUUACAUAAUUCACAUAUUCGCCUACUUACUACUAACAACAUACAGCUAAAUAUUUUUUCACAAGUUUGUUUAGUGUUAAUUUUUGUGUGUUGUCUCAACUUUCUGGACAGCCAUUGAUUUCCAUUCAUUUCACUCAGACGCCAUGACUUGCCUUGAUUUUCAAGGUGUUAAAAAAAACAAACUAGCAGCUGCUCAGGUAGACAUGUUGGGCUAAAAUUUCUAUUUUGUCCGCUAAAGUCAAUUGAUCAAAAUAAGAGAGGUAGAUCAAGCAGCUGCUCAAUCAUGUUUAAUAUCGAUGAUUUGUUGAAACUAUUGUUCUCAAGGCUGGCAGAAUAUCUGUAGUCAAGGUGAACUAGCUUUUUCUAGAGCUUUCAUUUUGUUUGGUACAACUGUGGAAACUCAGCUGCUGGUGAAGAACUUUAGAUGUUGUUAAAAGCUCUGGAAAAGCUAGUUUAAAUUUUGUUUGAAAACUGAGAUGUGAUUGAAAGUGCUGGAGAAAAAUUACAACAUAGACCUUCAUUCAUUUCCAAAAUCUUAACUCAAGGCCCACUUCGGAGCCUUUUUACAUAGUUUUCAGCUGCACUUUAGCCUUCAAAGUUGUCAGAGUUGAGUUUGAUCAUAUUUCCGACAUCGUCAAUGAACUUUAAUGCACAGUUUUUCUUGAGCUUUAGAGUCUGUGAAUCAGAUCAUCAUGUAAACACUCCUCAAUUCUUGGAUUAGCUGUAAAUCAGUGAAAACAGUGAAAAACAUGGUUCUAAAAAGUAAAAGUACCAAUGUGAAAAAAAUUCUGUGUAUGUGAUGAAAUGCCACACAGUUAUCUGUCUCAGAGACGUCUGCCCCAUACCAAAACAAUAAGGGAAGCAAAUUAAAAUUUGCCUGACUGCAUAAAUAGAUACCACCAGUGGGAAUUGAAAAAAUGCUGAAAGUUUUUGACCCUUUAUGUUAUGUCAAGUAGUGUAAGGGAAUUCCCAUAGUGUACGCCUGGCUUGCAGUAAUAGUAAAGGGGCUCUGGAAAUAUUAAACUGCUGCUCAGUAGAAUGGCUGAGAGUGACAUUAGUUUUCCCACCUGUUUUUUAAAAGGUCAUCUCUGUGCACUGGCAGUCUUUACUCUCCUGUACAAAUGUGUCUCUUGCCUUGUGAUGCUAAGUUAUCUGUGAGCCCAUAUUGUGGCUGCACUUUUUUUCUUUGUUUUAAGCAUUUCUGUAGUUUGGAUGACCUGAACCAUUCAUGGCAUGAACUUUUGGUGAAGACGUUUUGGAAUUGAAGUUCCCAUCUUGGUGAAUACUAGUGUAAUGACACUGGCUGGCAAAACACAUGAAGAUAUAUUCUAGUGGCUUCAUUUGAGACUGCGUCUCAGUUUAGAAAAUUGUACGGUAAUCUUUAUGUACUUUAAAGUGUAGAUUGUGAAAUAUUUCAUCUAUGUAUACCAAGAAUCCUUUGAGUUGGCCAACUGAGGGCAAACUGUAAGAAUUUGUUGCACACAUUACUGUUACAAAUGUGCAAAUCAAACCUAUUAAAUCUAAACUUAACACAUUUA